GGGAACUGCUUACAGAGUGCAACUUUGUGCCUGAAACUUUUGUCAACUGAUGAAUGUUGUGAAGUCUUAUCAGAAUGCUAUGUUUGUUUGUAUUGCUGCAGUGGAAAUAUUUAAAUGAAGAGAGAAGGACUGCCCCUUGUUCAGGAAAAAAAAAGUGUAAAAUGUGAGGCGUGCACCCUGUCCUGCCAAAAAAGCUGUUUCAGUCCUGCAGAGCGUGAGAAACACAGAGCACUUCACUGGAUUUUGGAGCCUAAAACUUUCCUCAUUAUGGACACGAUGAUCUUCAAAAUCCAGUGCAUUCUAUUUCUUUUUACUUUUUCUGCACAACAGGGAUUAUCAGAGGAUUAUAAAACACAGCGUGGAGUAAUUGUUUCACAGCUAAAGGUGACAGAAUACCACGUGACGUGUUCUGUGGUGUCCCGCUAUGCUGUCACCACAGUCCAGAGCUCAGUCUGGAACCAGCUCUCCAUCACCAAAGAGGCUGCAUUUGAAGUCGACCUGCCGUCCUCAGCAUUCAUCUCCAACUUUACCAUCACCACUGAUAGCAAGGUGUAUGUGGCCCAGGUGAAGGGAAGAGCUGCCGCCAGGAAAAUUUAUGACGCUGCUAAAAAGCAAGGAAAAACAGCCGGACUCGUCGCUACCAAAGAGAGGGAGAUCGAGAAAUUCCGCGUGGCAGUGAGCGUGCCGUCCGGAACUCGGGUGUCCUUCUGUCUCUCCUACGAGGAGCUCUUACCUCGUCGUCUUGGUCGCUAUGAGCUCACUUUGGGUCUGAGGCCAGGUCAGCCUGUCCAGAACCUCACACUAGAUGUGAGUAUAGCAGAGAAGACAGGCAUCAGCUUCCUCAAGAUCCUUCCGCUGAAGACAAACCGACUGCUCACCAAUACAGCCCAAGGUGAUUCCAGUGGUGUGCCCCCGUCCACGCACAUGGACCAAAGCCCCGGCUGUGCUCGGGUUAGCUAUACUCCCACUCUGCAGCAGCAGAAUAGCAUCUCCACCAAGGGCCUCAAUGCUGAUUUCAUCAUUCAGUAUGACGUGGACCUCACAGACCUCAUCGGCGAUGUUCAGGUGUAUGAUGGGUAUUUUGUGCAUUACUUUGCACCUAGAGGGCUUCCUGUGGUUCCUAAGGAUGUUAUAUUUGUCAUUGAUGUCAGCGGCUCGAUGAUUGGCACUAAGAUAAAACAGACCAAACAAGCUAUGAACACCAUCCUUGGGGACCUCAGAGAGGGAGACCACUUCAAUAUCAUUACUUUCUCAGACCAAGUUCACACAUGGAAGAAGGGACGAACAGUGCGGGCAACUCGACAGAAUGUACGAGACGCCAAAGACUUUGUGAAGAGGAUCGUUGCAGAGGGAUGGACCAAUAUCAAUGCAGCUCUCCUGUCGGCCGGGCAGCUCGUCAACCCUCCAUUCUCUAGUUCGUACCCCCACGUCUCUUCUCACCGUGUCCCUCUGGUCAUCUUCCUCACUGAUGGCGAAGCAACCAUCGGCGUAACAGCUGGUGACACCAUCCUCAAUAAUGCCAAGAAGGCUUUGGGCUCGGCCUCUCUUUUUGGCCUUGCCUUCGGGGACGAUGCGGACUUCCUUCUUCUGAAGCGCCUGGCUCUGGAGAACCGAGGAGUAGCUAGGAUGGUGUACGAGGAGGCGGAUGCAGCCUUGCAGCUGAAAGGUUUUUAUGACGAGGUAGCCAGCCCUUUGCUCUCAGACAUCCAGCUGUCCUACCUGGAUGACCAGGCAUUUGAUGUCACCCGAUCACUCUUCCCCAACUACUUCCAAGGCUCUGAGCUGGUGGUGACUGGUCGAGUUAAACCCAGAGUUAACAAUUUUAAAGUGUCAGUGAGUGCCAGUGAUGCCAAGCAGCAGCUGAAGGUGGAGAACGAUGUGUCGAUUUCCCAUUCAGAGACAAAUGGGGAUUUACUAGGCUGUUUAGCGGGGACGGAUGGAAUCUCCAGUUUUGUGCGGCGUCUCUGGGCGUAUUUCACCAUCAAAGAGUUGUUACUGGCCAAACUGAACACGACUGAUAGUGCAGCUCAGAGAUUACUGACAGAGAAGGCCACAAACCUCUCCCUCAAAUACAACUUUGUAACACCUGUUACUUCUUUAGUGGUGGUUAAACCAGAUGCAGAAAAAGCACCUCAAACUCCAACUACUACACAAGCCUCAGUCACGGCACAACGUACCACAGCGGCCGCUAGAGCCACAACAGCGACCACGACUGCUACGACCAAAGCAUCAGCUGCAGUUUCCACAAAGAAGCCGAUCUUACCAUCAAGCGCCAGGCCAAGCAAGGCAAAACCUGAUCCCCCUCAACCAAACACCCUACAGCCCAGAAAACCUUUCUCACUACCUUCCACACCAAAAAAUGCGGUUAUGUCUUCCAAGAAACCAACUACAACAUCAAGUCCCAGUCCCAUUAAAACUGUCCCAGCACCUUUCUCUGGGAAAAAGCUAACUCCUUCCCAAAAUGACUCUAAAACAUCCUCUGCUCCACCUGCUGGAAAGAUAUCCACCUCUCUUCUCAAUUCCCUAAAGCCUGCUUCUCCCCUGGGACCGGGACAGGUCUUGACCCCACAGCCCAGUGCCGCCAGAACAAUCUUUCCCUCCACAACACCAUUUUCAGCAACAUUAUUAUCAUUAAGCACCACACCUCCACUCAUUGCAGUCAGAACUGAUUUUGAACCCCAUCCUGGAAGACCCCAAACCCCAAAGCCAAGUAUAGUGAGGGCAGCGACCUUACCCGAGUCAAAGAACAAUACCAUAUCUGCUACAGGUAUCCAUGAACUCGGAAUCCCCACCAUGCCACCCAAUCCGUUACCACCACUCACCUCUCCACCUCAAGCUUCGGACAACAAAAACUUGAGCAAUAUCAUGGACCCAAGCGCCGCCACUCUGGUGUCGGCUACGUUCGCGCCAAUGCCCGGUGAAAUUGAGGAAUCAAAACUGUGGGAGGCAACGGGGCUUCUGGAUGUCUCUACAUCCAUUCAGGUUCAGAGAAAAGAUAUUGACCUUGUGAAAGACUAUGACGCCACCUAUGACUAUGACAUUGACUAUGAUGGCUGGGAUGAUGUGGACAUGGAUUCAUUUGAUCCUCCACCACGAUUGAGAACCGUCCGGGUCUUCUCUUCUUCAGUUGAUGGCGAUCCUCAUUUUGUGGUCCAGUUGCCAAAGCUGCAUCAGAACCUUUGCUUCACAGUAGACGGCAGAACCAGCGAUGUUCUCAGACUCUUGGAGGACCCCAAGAGAGGUAUCAUCGUUGAUGGACACCUAGUAGGGGCGCCUUCUAAGCACAACAUGGAACUCCGUUCCAGAACCUACUUCGACCAACUCACCAUUUCCUCAACCACCAGCAGCUCCGAUAUUAUGAUCACGAUCUCACUGGAUGCUGUAGUGGUGGAAGGCGAAGGCUUGGACACCCUUCCUGUCAAUCAACAAGGAUCACUGAUGAGGCAGGGUGUAAAAGUCACCAUGGACAAACUUCGGAACUGCUGGAUUAAUCUGAGUGAGAAUAUGCGUUUCCUGAUUCUGUUCCACCAAUAUAGACACCCCAACUAUCAGCAGAUGGCUCAUCUGGGUUUCUACAUCGUAGAUGGUCAGGGGCUUUCUGCUUCCACCCAAGGCCUUCUGGGUCAGUUUCAGCAUGCUGACAUGAGUGUGACACUUGUGAAGGAUCACCCUGGUGGACAAGCGCACCAGGCCAAGCAAGGAGUUCUAGCCAGUGGGGUCUUAAGGUGGGGGCCAAAGCACAUGGCAGUCACCUUACAAGAGAAAACACUGAAAGACACUGCGAAUGAAAGGCAUUUGGACAGAUGCUGGGUGGUGCCAAAGGCAGAGGUGGAGCGACUACUGGGUCACCCAUACGAGAGCUAUGUGGUGGAUCACGUGUAAUUCUAGCAGUCAGCUUGGGUCACAAUUUGGCACAGUUACUGAACAAGUUUGCACAAGAACUGGGACUUCACUGUGCUAAAGAGACACUGGGGAGGAAGGGGGGGGGAUCCACAGGGGCUGACUUUCUAGUGUGGUCAAUGAAAGUCAAUAGUAAAAGAAUAAAACUGUAAAAAAAAAAAUUAAUCAUGAGGACAUACGGUGCAUUAGUGGAUGAUGACAGUGUGCAGUCAGAAUUGCUGAUUUUGAAAUGGUUUCAACUCAUCUGUAUCUCACAACAGCCACACAACGUUCUGUUCAAAUGUCUCUUAUGAGCACAAAAGAUUGUGUACAUUAAUUACAGUCAGUUAAAGACAUUCUACUGAUUUUAUUCAUAUAUCCCACAAAUGUUAAUUAUACUGAGGCACGUAAAGUUGUAAUUUUAGUACAAAUGUAUAUAAAACAUGCAUGUUAUGGACUUCUUGUAUUUGUGAUUCUUGGAGGCAGAGGGAGUAAAAAGUCAUUUUUAACAGUAUCAGGUUUGCCAUGUGCUUUUUUAAUUUUUUUCUAGCAUUUCAUUCAUAGUUUAAUUCAUUGUAUUGUUACACAAGACAUUAGGCAUUGUUCACAUACUAGUGAUCAAACAGAGACAGUAAAUUUUCUAACACUCAGCUCGAUCUAUUUCUUUAAUCAAUUUGAAGGGAUACCGUCAAUAGCUUUAUUUUGUUUUUUUAAAGGCCGAACUGGA